AUGGACAAGAAGAAGAGAAAGACCAAGACGACGACAGUGACACCACUAAAAUCUUAUGUACCUGAAGAAUUGAUAACUUCAAUCCUUUUAAGUUUACCAGUGAAGUCUCUUCUUCGUUUUAAAUGUUUACGUGAUUUGUAUUAUCUAUAUGGUUUCGGAUAUGAUCAGUUGAGAGAUGAUUACUUGGUGGUUUCAUUGUCCUGUAUUCUAGCCCAGGAAGAUUUUUCACGUUUGGAAUAUUUCACAUUGAAAGAUAACAAGUGGAAGGAAAUUGAGGAUACUUACUUCCUUUAUACGAUCGACAAGAUAGAGCCCAGAGUGGGAUCUCUCUUUAACGAUGCUAUUCAUUGGGUGGCUGCACAUUCAGAUUCAUUGAUGAAAGUUAUUAUUGCAUUUGAUUUAACAGAAAGGAAACUUUUUGAUUUGCCUUAUCCAAAUGGUGUAGGCCAUAAGUGUGAUCAUUAUGAGUUGUGGGUAUAUCAAGAAUUUCUUAGUUUAUGGGCUAUGGAUUGUAAAAAUAGUAGAAUUGAAAUAUGGUUGAUGAAAGAAUACAAUGUGAACUCGUCUUGGAUUAAGGCUAUUGUUUUCCCUGUGCAAAUCCUAUCUCCUCAUCAAUUUUCUCCAAUAUGCUCUACAAAAAAUGGUGAUAUCAUUGUAACAAAUGGGACUAGAUUAUUGAGGUAUAACGACAAAGGAGAGCUUAUCGAGGGUUCCUCAUACAGAUGCUUUCCAGAUAGUGCAGUUUCACGUGGAUCCCCAUCAAUAGUGUAUACAGAAUCUUUUCUUUCACUCCCUGGUGAUGGCACGCAAUCUUAA